AUGUCUGAAACUCAAAAAAUCUUGUCGUUGAGCAGUGGGCAUUCUCAAGAGACCAAUGAUAUUGCGUCUUCGGUGGUAGGUUUCGAGCAGUCUUCAAAAAGUUCGUCAUCUAACUCGAAUGCCAAUGGAAAUCCCGUUCCACCUUACGAUGAUACCCUCACGAACAUGCCUCCUUCCAUGACAAGAAGCGCCUUUUUUGCCCAGUUAAAGCGAAAGACAAACAGUGAGGAUACUCAUGGCUCUAAUGAUGGCGAUAUAUCCGCUAUAUCUGCCCAUAGACAAUCGUUGAUUCGACUAGAGGACCAGCUGAAGAUAAGCUUAUCUAGUGGCACCCAAACACCUUUAGCGAGCAAGAUCCGUAAUCCCUUCGAGGAAACUCCUGAUUCAGAACGAAUGACGCGAAGGUCUGGAUUUGCGCUUUCGACUCCAUUGGCACGGAAAUUGGUUCCGGAUAGUAUAGUUUCUCCAUCCGUUAACGCCAAGAGCACGAACCAUGCGGCGGCUGAAGUGUUUCGAAAUCUCCGGGACGAGCAGGAAGCUCCGUAUGAGUUUGAUUCGGAAGUUGGCAUCAUAUUAAACGAAAGGCAGGAUGACGAUGAAAAUGGUGACGAUAAUGACACGAUGGAUUCUGGAAUCCAGCUAAAUCUCAAUGGAGCUACAGAUAUCAAGGAUUUAUUGAAUGAUAUUGGUGAAGAAUCCUCUCAAGAAGUCAAGGAGAAAGUAACAACCCCUCACGCUGUAUCGGUUGAUCCUGCAGAUGAUGUAACAAUCGAGGAUGGAGACGUGGCAUCCAAAGCCAAUGAAAUGUUGAAGAAAAGAGAGGAAGCAGGUUGUGAUGGUGCUGUUAACGACUAUUCAUUACUCAGCGAGAUUAAUGAUACAACAGUAGACUAUGAAUCAGCACAGUUGUCCGCUUCAAAUAGGAACAGUGAGGACAGCGACCAUUCGGAUGAUGUGCAAGUACCAAAUUCGGUGAAUAAUACGGCAAGCACUCCACCAAUAGAGUCUAGAUCUGAAAGAGUGCCAGUCCCUUUGGCUCACUCUAAUCAUUCUGCUCCUGCAGCAGUCUCUAUAGAGCGAUACGUACUUCCUCGUGAUACUCAAGUGCUAGGAACACAAGAUGAAGAGGCUGAAGGAGAUUUAGACAACAAAAAUGCCGAUUCUAGGGUAGGAACAGGGUCCCUUAGGCAGAUUUUAGUUGCUAGUUCGCCACGGUCCUCUCCUUCAAACUCCCAAAUUGCAACCUUACUGGUGGGGGGGAGCGGGGAGGUGUUCUCUGAAUCUGCUGGACAGAAACAUAAGCAUUCUUCAUACACACAGGGGUCUGUACAACCAUCAACAGAAAACAGAAUUGAUUUGGAUAUGCAGAGCGCUUCAAAGUAUGCAGAAACAUUAAGAAUCGAGAGUUCCGGAGAAAAUAGAACGAGACUAAAGAAAGACGACCUUAUAUGGACCAACAGGCAUAAACAGCCCGUGAUUUUAUCAGAUGAGCAAGAUCUGCAUGUAAAGGAGACGGUAGAGUUUGAAAACAUUGGUAAAGGUGAAGGUAAGAACGAAAAUGACCUUGUUGACGAUGACAUUGAUUUGGUCAACUAUGAAACCGAUAGUGAACCUUUGAGGCAGUUACGAUCUCAAAAGCCUGUGCAAAGGCCUGAUAUUGAACCUCUAUUGAACAAAAAGCGUACUCAUAAUGCCCUGGAUCACCCUAAGGGAGUUUUACGCGUUUUGGAAACUUCAAACGUGUUCAAAGUAUCUGAUUACGAGCCAUUUGACAAUGUGUUUAUUGAUGUCAAGGGCAGCAAGAUACCUGUAAGGAUACUUGACUUGGUGCAUGAAUUGAAUGGCGAAACCUUCUUUGAAGUUGUUAACUUCGAGGAAAUUUCUUAUGUUCCUGUGAACGGCAUCAUGGCUCCGGUCUUGCUUCGUGUGGGCGAUCGAAUCAAGUAUUCGAAGGAUCGUAGAUCCAAUUACGAAAUUACUGGUCUGGAGUAUGUUGUACACCCGGACAUCGAUGAAAAGUCGGAGGUGGCUUGUGUUCGAGGCUACAAUACUGUAUAUAUUCGGAAGUUUGCAUCGAAGAAGAGCUCGGGCCGCCUAUCUUCCCCUUUUCCAGAGCUUCAGGUAGCACUAGGUGAGAUCUAUAUGAAUACGAUUGUUUAUGGACACUACCAUUUUCGUGUGUUUGAUGAUUCGAAACAAUUUGAACGGUUUUUGGAGAUUUGGAACCAGCGAAACACCAUAGUAAAAGAUCGGCUUAAGCGUUUGAAAGGUGUUGAGUCAUUGUCGAAGUUGUGCUUUGACGGAUGUUUGUUUGUGACUACAACGCCUUCAACUUCGAACGAAUCAUUAAGUGAACAGCAGUUGGCCGAAGUGGAUGAAUUUAUCAAAGCCAACGGAGGAACCGUCGUGCAAGGCUUUGAAGAGUGCCUGAAGGUUGUUCCUGUUGGUGGAGUUGGCAGAUAUUUGUUGCAACCCAGUGAAAUUUUACGGGACUACAAGUUUGUGGCACUUCUAUCGUCAAGGCAUCUUCGAACCUUGAAGUACUUACAGUGUCUAUGCGUGGGGUGGCCCAUUCUUAGUUUUAAGUUUAUCUUUGACUGCAUAUCCAAUUCCGAAUUAUACUGUAAUCAAUGGCGAAAGUUCUGGCCAUCCUACCUUCUUCCAUCAGGUAAGUCAUCUUAUAGAGACUGCAUUUUAAGCAUGAACAUUUUCCCAUUUGAAGAAGAUUGGAAAAAGGGACUCACUGCCUACGAGCAGGUGAGAGAUCAUGAUGGUAGGACCCGCCCUUUUGAAGGUCACAGCAUUUUAGUGGACAACACUAAGCGCGGUGAAUUAUCAAACGGCGGAUUGUUGCUUCUGUUGAAACUACUAGGCUUUGAAAGAAUAUUGUUCUUGGACCAUGGAUUGAAAUAUGAGGAGUUUCUGGUCUCACUUAAGUUCAUUCGUACACCAGAUCUCUUGCAAUCAUGCUAUGUGUAUUCCAACCACGACAAAAGUUUCGUAACUCGAAUGAUUCAGGUGGGUCUUCGAAUGCAGCACAAGCUAAGGCGACUUCCUGAGCAGAAGAUGAGAGAUCUAGCUCCUGCAUACUUAUUGAACGUUGAACUGCGGUUGGUGGACUGGGAGUGGCUCGUCCAGUGUAUUGUUGCCGGGUUCCCAUUUCUUCCCUCAGAUACACUUUGUUUAUAG